CACUCCAAACCGACAGCGAUGCCUCACUCCUUGUUCCCCCUGUGCGUCCUAGGACUCCUUGCGUUCUCCUCCGCCUGCUACAUCCAGAACUGCCCCCGAGGAGGGAAGCGAGCGCUGACUGAGACUGGAAUCAGACAGUGCAAGUCUUGUGGCCCUGGAGACAGGGGCCGCUGCUUUGGCCCCAGUAUCUGCUGUGGGGACGGUUUCGGCUGCCUGCUUGGCUCCCCAGAAACUGCUCACUGUGUGGAGGAGAACUACCUGCUCACCCCCUGCCAGGCAGGAGGGAGAUCCUGUGGGUCUGAGGGAGGCCACUGCGCUGCUUCUGGACUCUGCUGCAAUUCUGAGGGCUGUAUGGUGGACUCUGACUGCCUGGGAGAGACAGAGGCCACAGAUCCAGUCCACGGCUCUGCAAGAAGCUCACCAACAGAGCUGCUGAUGCGUCUUCUCCAUGUGGCUGCCAGAGGACAGAAUGAGUACUGA